GAAGAUGGGGGGGGAGAGCUCUACCAUUUAUUCUUGGUUGGCAGCAGCACCAAAAGUAUGAUGUGGCUCUCUAGAAGCUGCACACAAGAAUCGGGGUGGAGUUUUCUAAGUUUGCUGAGCAAAUACACUGAACUGAGAGAUGGCUACUUAAAAUAAGCAGUUUAAUUUUCCGCAGUGUUCUUUUGAAAGGAAUUCAAGUUUUUAUUUUGGUCAAAAUGAGCCAGAGUUUUGUUUGACAAGUGAAACUUAGUGCUAAAACAUUCAAAUUAUCGUUUCUUGACCUUUGCCAAGUGCUGGGGUUAGCCUGUGCACGUCUACGGAAAAGGGUAUGCGUACGUUUAUGUUGGCACCACGGCGGCAAGUGGACUAAGAGCAUCAGCAGCUUUGAGUGAGCAUUAGUUAAAGAACAGGAGAAUCCACACUCAAAAGCAUAUAUUAUUCCCAAGCAACUCUUCCUAGAAAGUAAAGCAUCCCAAAGGCCUUCAAUGUCUUCUACUAUAAAUCAUCCUUCCAAAAUGCUCGAAAGAUGGUAAGAAAACAGCAGAGGAGAGAGAUGGGUUGGUUUUAUUCCAGGAGGGGUCCGGAAUGGAAACAAGGAUGGAGAGGCCAGACGAUGGCCUCGCUCUCCUUGCCACCGCUUCCGCUACUGGCCAUAUUUGCCAUUGUCAUUUGCUUGUUAUCAUUGCCCCAAUCCACAAGCGCUGCAACCAUCGACUUGAAGUUGCUCCUCUUCUUAGUGCCCAUCCUUCUAAUCUUGUUAAUUCGUCCUAGCUUUUCUGGUGGCUGGUUCAACUUCGGGACUCCAAAGCCCGGGCCCGGUUCAUCAGCACAUCAAAGUGGCGGAUUCCCAUGGGGUGUUGCCUUGUUGGUGGUGAUCCUCGUGGUGUUGGUUUCUUAUCAAUCAUCAUUUCAAUCCAUGUGGUUUACCCCUCUGCGGAGCUCGGAUUAGUAAGCCGAAAGGCAGCAGUAACUUGCAAGCUAGGAGUUGUGUGCAUCUGUGUGUGUGUGUUUAGAAAUAAAUUGAAACAUUACUUAGAAUAGUAAAUUGCCAAAAAAAUUGUUAUGUUUGUUCAUCUGUGAUUCCUGUUGAAAAUUUUCCAAAAUUUGGCUUUCAUAUCGAGGACGGUUUUAGAAGA